UUCUCCCACAAAUCCGAGCGUCUUCCUCUGUGUCCGUACUGCAUUGAAUCGAAGUUCGGACCCUCCACUCGCAGAAGAACGGUUUUUCUAUUUUAUAUUCUGGAGGAGGAAGACAGGGAUGGGAGCUGGGCGGGAGUUUAGCAUAUCGCUCGACGGCGUCAGGGAUAAGAACAUGAUGCAGCUGAAGAAGCUCAACACGGUUCUGUUCCCGGGUCGCUACAAGGACAAGUACUACGCUGACGCCCUCGCUUCCGGCGAAUUUACCAAGCUUGCAUAUUACAGUGACAUUUGUGUUGGGGCUAUUGCUUGCCGGUUAGAGAAGAAAGAAGGUGGAGGUGUUCGAAUUCACAUAAUGUCACAUGGUGUCCUUGCACCAUAUCGCGGACUUGGAGUGGGUUCGAGGCUUUUGAACCAUGCCCUUGAUCUGUGCUCGAAGCAAAACAUCUCCGAGAUAUACUUGCAGGUGCAAAAAAAAAGUGAAGAUGCAAUCAAGUUUUACAAGAAAUUCGGGUUUGAGUUCACAGAUACCAUUCGGAAUGAUCACAACAACAUCCAGUCACCGGAUUGCUAUGUCGUCUCGAAGUCCUUCCCCAGCCUCAAGUGAACAAAUGAACAAUGAUCCAUCAUUUUUUACGAGUCGGAGAAAAACCAUUCUUUCCUCCUUGUUCAUUCGUUUUCUCUGUUGCAUCACUCUUACCAUUUCCCAUAUGAUGGCCUUUUUCCUUCAGUAAUGAUCAAAUGGGAUCAAAGCCUUGAUUUCAUUGAGAUACCUACCAAAGGGCAACGGCUAUAAUGUCGUCUAGGUUCUGCAUUUGGACAUUGUGUUUUGUUAUUGGUAGCGUUUUUAGCACAUGCGAAGGUGUAUUGUCACUCGUUUUUGUGGGGAAGAUCAAUACAUAAGUGGUGAGUUGAGUU